AUGAGCCGACCGGAAUUCAACUGGGAAUACAGCCACGGUGGAAACCUAGCUCAGAGCCCCUAUCAACAGAACCAGAGCUCUGCUUCCUGCGGUGAUGGCCGCCAGUGGUUGCACUCGAACCAGGCUCAAACACAAGCCUUCAUGGAUGCCUCCCCACGUAUGUCUUCCCAUCCCCAAUCGUCGCCUUCCGAUCCAUUUGCUGGCUACAAUCAAUCGAUAAUGAAUCAGUAUUCGAACUACAAGCCCAGCUACGGUCAUUCUCAGGUUAUGGAUUCAAUGGUGCAGAACGUGACCCCCACUCCGGGUUACAACAGAUCCAUGGGCAUGAGCGAGUUCUCGAAUUCGGGAAUGCAAAAUAAUGGACUCGGUGGUGGCAUGAGUGGUCGCUCUAGACGUGGUCGAUUAGCUGGCGGCUUCGCUGGCAGAAAUGGUCUCAACGAUCACAACCUCCCUCAAGCCCACCAAGGAAGCUGGUUCUAGAGAAUUCAAGUGGUCCCCAUGAUCGGUAGUAUUAAUUUCAAUGGCUUUUCGGCAUUAGUUUGGACAAGAGUUUUAUAUGUCAAAUUUGACAAGAAAUAGUAAUAAAACAAAAAGAACAUCUAA